CCCCCGCCAGCCCCAAAGCCAGAAGAGCCGCUGCCGCCGCCGGAGCGCUCGCCGGAAUCCACGUCGCCGCCCGCCUCCACGUCUCCCGGCGCCGCCGCCGCCACGCUCAAGAAGUCCACCCUCAACCCCAACGCCAAGGAGUUCAACCCCGCCGCCAAGACAUUCACCCCGCGGAGCCCUUCCACGCCCAACCCCAGCCGGCCACACACCCCCGGCACGCCAAUCGGCGGCGUGGGCGUGGGCGGUGUGGGAGUGGGUGUGGGCGUGGGCUUAGGAGGCAUGGGCGUAGUGGGCACGGGCGUCAGUUAUAUGCCCGCGCCGCACCCUCCGCCACAGCAUAUGGUGGCGGCCGUGCCGGCGGUGCCGGCGUACGCGAUGGUGGCGGCAGCGGCGGCACAGCAACCGCCCGCCUAUAUCCCGCACCCGCAUCCUGCC